AUCUGACUCAACUUCCCAUUUCACUAUCCCAAAAAUCACCAAACCCUGAAAAAAUCUCCAAUUUCACGCUUUGUGCAGAGCCUCUGGAAUCCCAAAAUCAACAAACAUGAUGUGGGACGAAUGGUACCGAGACGACGACGAUGCUCCUGAAAACGAAGACACUGAACAACAACAACAACAAGAAGAAGAUCAACAAGACUCGUAUCUCAAAUUCGAUUUCUUCUCUGUUCUCUCCAAGCCCAAGGAUUACUAUAGAAUAUUGGAAGUUGAUUAUGAUGCUGCCGAUGAUGCCAUUCGAUCCAACUAUAUCCGUCUUGCAUUGAAAUGGCAUCCAGACAAGCAAAAGGAUCAGGAUAAUGCUACGUCAAGAUUCCAAGAAAUAAACGAGGCUUAUCAGGUUUUGAGUGAUCCUAUCCAAAGGCGAGAAUAUGACAAGAAUGGGAUGCUGGACAUGUAUGAUUACAAUAUAAUGGAGUAUCUUAACCGUUACAAAGGCCUUAUUUUAACAUGCAAUGGCCUUGGAAUCAAGCAUUCGAUCUGGUAAUUUCAAAACCUGCACAGAUUUCCUUCUUGGUACAUCCAUGAUGAUCCUUCAUGCUAUACUGUACUCGUGUGGUAGAGUUUAGAUUGAUGACUCAGCAGUUUGGGCUUAGUAGUGGGCUUAAAGUUACUUUGUGUUUGUGUAAAUGGGAAAUAAAUAACUAGUAAUCCAUUUUACCAUUAUAGUACCGGUAUAUCUCAAGGUUGCUCUGAAACCUCUGGAUGAUUUGUAUUUAUAAAAAUCUCUCAGCUUCUGGGUUCCUCCUGCAAUGCGGAAUAUUCAGUAGCAUCCACAUUUUAAUGAUUUUGUUGUGAGAUACACGAGCAAUUUUGAUGAAUAAUCUUUCACGAGAAAGCAA